UUUUGUUAAUUUAAUUGGAAUUUGGAUAACUACAGUUUUAGCGAGAGAGAUGUGCAUUAUUAGAGAGACAUAGAAAAUCCAAAAGAGCAGGGUAAGAAAAAAAAAACACAAGCAAAGAAGAAGAAGCAAUGGAGUCGAGCGAUCGUUCAAGCCAAGCAAAAGCUUUCGACGACUUGAAAGUCGGCGUGAAAGGGCUUGUGGAUUCAGGAAUCACAGAGAUUCCGGCCAUGUUUCGCGCAACGCCUGCUACUCUAGCAACCCUGAAAUCACCACCACCUCCCAAGCAUCUCACCAUCCCCAUCAUCGAUCUCAAAGGAGGAGACGUGGUGGAGAAGAUUGGAGAAGCUUCUGAGAAAUGGGGAUUGUUUCAGGUUGUGAACCACGGCAUCCCCGUGGAGGUUCUGGACAGGAUGAUUCAGGGGAUUCGGAGCUUUCAUGAGCAAGACCCUGAGGCCAAGAAACCCUUCUACUCUAGGGAUCACAGUAAAGGCGUGGUUUACUAUACCAAUUUUGAUCUCCACAGCAAUACAGACGCAGCCGGUUGGAGGGACACGCUGGCUUGUUAUGCCGCACCACAACCUCCUAGACUCGAGGAUUUGCCCGCGGUUUGCGGGGAAAUUUUGAUGGAGUAUUCAAAGGAACUAUUGAAUUUAGGUGAAUUGGUCUAUGAGCUCUUAUCAGAGGCUUUGGGGGUUGACUCUGAUUACCUUAAGGACAUGGACUGCGCCAAGUCUCAGUUUAUAGUUGGCCAAUACUACCCACCUUGCCCUCAGCCUGACCUUGCUAUUGGCAUAAACAAGCACACCGAUAGUUCCUUUAUCACCAUUCUUCUUCAGGACAAUAUCGGAGGACUUCAAGUUCUCUAUGACAGCCAAUACUGGGUUGAUGUUUCUCCUAUUCCUGGCGCUCUUGUCAUUAACAUUGGAGAUCUUCUCCAGCUUAUAACCAAUGAUAAGUUCAUAAGCGCCGAGCAUAGGGUGGUAGUAAAUAGCUCUUCUGAACCGCGGACUUCAGUGGUCUGUUUCUUCAGCACGUUCAUGAAGGCGAAUACACGAGUGUAUGGGCCAAUCAAAGAUCUUCUGUCUGUUGAAAAUCCUGCCAAGUACAGAGACUUCACCCUCACCGAGUACGCAACCAUCUUCAGGUCCAAAAAAAUCGAUGCUUCAACGGUAAGCCAUUUCAAGAUCUGAGACGACAUUUGGGGUACGGUUCUUACCUUUUGUCUCUACCACGAUCGUUGGUGGUAAUCUAUCAAACUAUAAGUGUUCCUCUUAAAAUAUUUUGCGUGAAUCCAUUUCUUGUUUCUCAUUAUUUUGUAACAUUCGAUCAAGGUACACAAAAGAAAAACUACUCAUGUAUUUUAUCUUCUUCUUUCUUC